AUGGGUAGACCUAAAGCUGUUUUUACCUCUUUUGAGGAUGUUCCUAUGAACACAUCUCAAGAACAAAUUCUUGAGAAGCACAAGCUUAUCACAGACACAUUUUUGUCCAACAAAACCAUUCCUUUGGACUACAGACUGGAGCAGAUUCGUAAUAUCUACUGGGCAAUUCUCGACAACGUUGAAUUUUUGAAAGAUGCUCUUUAUAAGGAUUUCUAUCGUCCCCAUGAUGAGACUGAGAUUCUUGAGCUCCAUGGUGUUUUUGCUGAGCUGGAUAGUAUUAUGAACCACUUACCCCAAUGGGCUAAAGAUGAGCCUAUUUCUGGUGGACUCAAGUCAAUGUCAUCUCACCCAGUUGUAAAGAGACAACCAUAUGGUACUGUGUUAAUCAUUUCGCCCUGGAACUACCCUUACUUCUUGGCCGUCAAUCCUAUUGCCACAGCCAUUGCUGCUGGUAACACUGUGAUUUGGAAGCCCACUGAAAUCGCCCCUAAUUCAUCUCGUGCUUUGACCAAGGUCCUUCAGCAUGCUAUUGAUCCAAGUAUCUUCCAGGUUGUUAAUGGUGCCAUAGAUGAGUCUACUUCUCUUCUCAAUUUACGUUUCGACAAAAUCAUGUUAACUGGAAGUACCACUGUCGGCAAAAUCGUAGCCUCUGCUGCCGCAAAAAAUCUCACUCCUACCUUGUUGGAAUUAGGUGGCAAGUCACCUGUUCUUGUUGAUAGAGAUCUCAAAGAUUAUAAGACUGUUGCUAAGCGUAUUGCAUGGGGAAAAUUUGUUAAUGCUGGCCAGACCUGUGUUGCCCCUGACUAUAUUCUUGUCGAUGCCAAAGUUGAACAUAAAUUUAUUGCUGCCCUUAAGGAUGCUAUUGCUGAGCUUUAUCCCAAUCUCAAUAAGGAUACUCCCGACUACUGUCAUAUUGUAAGUGACCGUAUGUAUAACAGACUGUCCUCUCUUGUCGAUACUACUGAGGGAAAUGUUGAGUUCCAACAUGGAGUUCCUGAUGAAAAGACUCGUUUCUUGCCACCUACGAUUGUUUCAGGGGUUAAACCUACCGACUCUUUGAUGAAGGAUGAGCUUUUUGGUCCUUUGUUGCCUAUUAUUGCCGUAAAUGAUAUUUCUUCUGAAGGUGUUGAUUUUAUUGUAGAGAAUCAUGACCAUCCAUUGGCUCUUUAUGUUUUCACUGCUGAUCAAAAGAAAGCCGAUAGUAUCUUGGCUCGUACUCGUUCAGGUGGCGCUAUUUGGAAUGAUACCAUUAUUCAUGUAGGCGUUACUGAGGCUCCUUUCGGUGGUAUUGGUGAAUCUGGUUCUGGUGCUUAUCAUGGCAAGUAUGGGUUUGACGAGUUCAGCCAUAAACGUACUAUACUUAAGCAACCAUUCUAUGUCGAGUUCCUUCUCAAGUUAAGAUACCCUCCAUAUACCAAGGGAAAUGUCAAGAAACUCACAAAGCUUUCCUACUCCAAAAACCCUUGGUAUAGUCGUGAUGGUCCCGUUAGACGAUCGCUCAUCCGCCGUAUUUUUACUAGCAAGAUACUUUUCUUGCUUGCUGCUAUUGCUGGUCUCUUCUUUAUUUUUUAA